AUGGAAUCUACACCGGACGAUCACGAAUCAUCUUCGUCUCGUUCUGAGAAAUUAGCGAGUACUUAUCAACAGUUCACAAGCAAAUUGAAUAAAAUUGGUGCAAAUGUAACCCGGGAUCCAGUCAUGCGUCGUAGUAUUACUGAAACGUUCAAUGAAAUCAAUAUUCUUUUAUGUGGUGCACCACGAGUUGGAAAGAGUACAUUAAUCAAUGCCAUAUGUGAAAAGCAAUUAGCUAGAACAAGUGCUGGACUUGAUGCCUGUACGACUCGUAUCUCUCCUUACUUUCUCAAAGGUACCGUUGAAGUCGAUUCGGGAAUGAUAAACUAUCGAUAUAAUUUCUGGGACACUCCAGGUAUUGAAAAAUGGACGUCAGAACAGAUACGUAAACUAUUAGAAGAAAUAAAAAACAAGCCGAAAUCUGAUAUUCUCUGUAUGAUCUAUUGCGCAUCGCCAGGUUCUUUCGCAAGUCUUGGACAGCUAGAACGAUUAUUAAAAGAGUGUAUAGAUCAACAAAUAUUUUGUGCUCUCGUGUGUACAAAUAAAUGGGGUGGUAGUACCACUCAAUUUGAAGCUGUUAUGAAUGAUUUUGAACGAUUACUCGAGAAAUACCAUUGUAAAACGCGAGAAGAACAUGGUGUCGUAUUUUUCGGUAACAUGGGAUUAUGUACGGCAGUCAACAGUGAACAAUUUGUAAUUAAAAGCUUGAAUAUGGUAUUUGAGCCAUCGGGUAUUGACGAACUCAUUCUAGGUAUUAUGGAAUCACUUGACGAUGAAAAACUUGCACAGUGGUGUAUGUUAGCAUUUGAAAACAAGAGAUUUUGGAAAAACUUCUCUAAUUUUCCAUCACAAUUGAAAAGCACGUGGACCAAACUACUCGGCAAAAAAUAA